CUCUGAUGGUGUACAGUGGCCUGUUCAUGCGGUGGUCGCUGGCUAUCUACCCCCCCAAUUACGCACUGUUCGCCUGCCACGUGACCAAUUUCGCGGCCCAGUCCAUUCAGAUGGGACGAUACACCACUGCAGACAAAACUAUAACCGAGAAGGUCACUGACGCCGUGGAAGAGGUCGCCGAGAAAGUUUAAGAUCGACAAUUAAAGAGACUUAAUGUUUGGCUAUACAUGUACAUCCC